CAAUUACUGAAUAAACAAGACAGAAGCAAAUACUGGUUUCUUUUACUGUCUGUGGUCACUGACACUGAUCUUUCCGCGUUAGUUUAAAGUGUCAGUCAGAUAUAUUAAUAUAUUUAUAAAACAACUCAACAAAGCUAUUCUUGUAGAAGCUUGGAGAUGAAGAAUGAACCUUGAGGGUUUCAAUUAACAUAUUUGUUCCACCAUUGACUGAACAUCUUCCGUGGAAUGGACUUUAACUAUCCUCCAGGGUAAUGGCACGUUUUAGGCGUAAGUCAUGUUGUGCACUUAUCGCAUUAGCCUUGGCCGUGUUUAUUAUAACAGUCAUCUUAAAGUCUCUGAACCCUGAGGAUAAUCAGUUUGGCAGUCAGUUUGCAUUAAGACUUAUUCCACCUCCGGGACAAAUGGAACAAGAUAACAGCGUUGUUGUGUCUGCUAAACCUGCACAGCUGAUACCAGCAGAGAAAGCUGAUAGAAUGGAGAACAAAAUGCAAGAUUUUCCUGAGCCAAAUUACAAUGUGCACGCUUUCUACUAUGUGUGGUAUGGGAACCCGCAGUUUGAUGGAAAAUAUGUUCACUGGGAUCAUCCACUCUUACCACACUGGGACCCCAAGGUGGCCUCAGGUUAUUCGACAGGACGACACCACCCUCCUGAUGACAUCGGGGCCAAUUUCUACCCUGCGCUAGGUCCAUACAGCUCCAGAGAUCCAUCAGUUUUAGAGGAACACAUGCGACAGCUGCGAACAGCUGAUGUUGGUGUUCUAGCAGUUUCGUGGUAUCCACUUAGUAUGAAUGACGACAAUGGUGAAGAAAUUGAUCAUUUUCUGCCUUUGGUUCUGGAUGCAGCUGACAAAUAUCAAUUGAAGGUUGCUUUUCACAUUGAACCAUACAAAGGGCGAGAUGAUGCAAAUAUGCAUGAAAAUAUUAAAUAUAUUGUGGAGCGGUAUGGAAACCAUCCUGCUUUUUAUAGAUACAAAACAAGCACUGGCAAAUUUCUUCCACUGUAUUAUAUAUAUGACUCCUACUUACAAACUCCAGAUGUUUGGGCACAGCUGUUAAAGCCAAACGGUAUAUCGACAAUCAGGAACACACUUUAUGAUGGCAUCUUCAUUGCUCUUCUUGUGGAAGAAAGCCAUAAGAAGGACAUACAGACUGCUGGAUUUGAUGGAAUCUACACAUAUUUUGCCACCAAUGGCUUUACUUAUGGCUCCUCACAUCACAACUGGAGAUCCAUCAAAACCUUCUGUGACUAUAAUAACUUGAUAUUCAUUCCAAGUGUAGGGCCAGGUUAUAUCGACACUAGCAUUAGACCUUGGAACUCCCAGAAUACAAGGAACCGCAUUAAUGGCAAGUACUAUGAGACCUCAUUUAAUGCGGCUGUGGAGGCAAGGCCACAAAUCAUCUCUAUAACUUCAUUCAAUGAAUGGCAUGAAGGAACACAAAUCGAAAAGGCCAUUCCAAAGACAUGGGGUAAAACUGUGUAUCUUGACUACCUUCCUCAUAAACCUACAGUUUAUUUAGAGAUAACACAAAAAUGGGCUAGAAAAUUCAGUGAGGAGCAGAAGAAAUGGCUGGAGUAAAGAAAAGUUUUAACUACACUAAAAAAAAUGAUGUAGAAACAAUUUCACUCAGAAUUGCUGGUACAUUUCACAAAUAAUUACAAAGAAAAAACAAAUAACACUGAAAUAAAAAUUAUUGUUAUAAUAUACUGUGUACUUAGCUUAAAAUUGAGUUUUAAAUAGAUUACAUUUAUUUUUAAAUAUGCAUUUUAAUCUACUGUUCGAUGAAAAGUCUUUAAAGAUUCACAUGACAUUCAUAAGCUUUCUUUCUCAGAACAAUACAAUGACACACUGUGUCACAUUCUUUAAAUUUUAAUGUAAGUGCAUAGUAAUAAAACCACCUAACAUAAAGUGUGACCAACAUAACUGGCAGUUUCCCUGGCAUCAAAAUGAAUUAAAUUGAUUAUUUAUUAUAAGAAUGGGAGUUAUUAAAUGAACAAUAAAUUAUGUAAAAUAAAAAA